AUAGCUGGUUUUCUAGAGACUCCACGGAAAAAACCGAGUUUCCAUUUUUGUCUUGAAGAUUUUCUUCAAUCUCAUUCGAUCUCAUCAACUAAGCCAUGGCAAGUGUCUACAGAGAGGCGUCUAGGAAAGAUAACAAACAUCGUGGGCGUCACCAUGGGUUGACUCCACAGAAGAAGCAAGAGAUUAAGGAAGCAUUUGAACUAUUCGACACUGAUGGAUCGGGGAUCAUUGAUGCUAAAGAGCUGCAUGUUGCUAUGAGGGCCCUCGGUUUUGAGACUACCGAAGAGCAAAUCAAGCAAAUGAUUGCGGAUGUGGACAAGGAUAACAGUGGUGGCAUUGAUUUUGAUGAAUUUGUGCACAUGAUGACUGCAAAAAUUGGGGAAAGGGACACUAACGAGGAGCUCAUGAAAGCAUUCCGCAUUAUUGACCAAGAUAAGAAUGGUAAGAUAUCUUUCACAGACAUUAAGCACAUGGCUAAGGAGCUGGGUGAGAACUUCUCUGACCAAGAGAUACAUGAAAUGAUUGAGGAAGCAGACCGUGAUGGUGACAGAGAGGUAAAUGUUGAAGACUUCUUCAAUAUGAUGAAGAAAACUGCAUAUGGGUACUAGAAGUUGCAGGCGAAGCUAAAGGACUGAUUCUGUUGGCGCUUUAGCUGUAGGAUGGUUGUAUAUUUUCUAUGACUGGUUGUUAUGAAAUACAACUGAGUUGAAUGUUUCCCUAUGGUAACUGAUGUCUAUUAUGUGAAGUAAUUUGAGAUUGUAUUGGCUUUGUUCUUAUGGGAAUACUAUCAUCAGUAUCAUUAUAUUUCUUCCAUCCCCAUUGGAAAAUAAAACAAUAAAAAUGCU